AUGAAUACCUACGAUGAGGAUGCUAUCUACAACCCUACCAUCAACCGUCAGCUCAAAGGUGUCUCAGUGAGCGGAAGCCAGCUCGCCGCAACGCACGCACGCCAUAUCUGUGAUCAUGGUCCAGUACCCAGGAACUAUUACGUAGAACGCAAAGCUCUUGGCGACCGUAUCGAUGUGUUCUAUGCGGAUCAUUCCAUCGACGACACCAUUGUUGCAAGGGGACACAAGACGAACCCGAAGGGUAGCUACAACCAUCCACUCUCUCCCGCCGGUCUGAAAGAGAAUCCGAACGCCAACAUCUUCAAGGAGUUUACCGACACCCGUCCGAGUGUCCCUGGAUUCUUUCAGCCACCCUGCUCGUACGUGCCUGGCGAUUUCAAGUGGAAGCACCACGAGAAUUGGCACGCGGCAUUGGCGGAUGCCGCAACGGCCAAAGGAGUGUCCGUUUCCGAGACUACUGUUGCGGAUUUGCAUGAUCAAAUAUUGAAGAACGCCAAGUACAAUCUCCAGGAAUCCCAUACUCUCUAUCACCCAGCCGAUCGAGAUACCGCUAUCUUCAAGGACGAGCCUGCCGCUUCUUUGGUCGCCAGCCAGUUGGGAAGCGAAUUCAGCCUGAUCAUCGUGUGCCCAUACGUUCGAGCGGACGGUGUUGACUGGAAUCGAUUCUGGGACACACGAAAUCGGCCUCCCAUCAUCACGAGAUGGUCAACAGGAGAGCAGGGAGUGCAUGAGCCUUUGAUCUUGGGAUGUCUCCCCAAGGAACACAUUGCAGGCACGAGGGAAUGGUACCACAAGGAUGCUUAUUGGUUCGCUCUAGAACCCAAGCCCAACACAGCAUUCUCUAAUGCAUGGGACUCGAUAGCCCUCGGUCUCAACAUACCCGACUCGCACCUCGGCUCGUGGAUCUGGCAAUAUGGGAAGCAUAUCCACGCAUGCGGCAUGCCACACACGCCAGCUCCCUUCAAUUACGACCCAAAUCUGAACUACGGCGGUCGCGCGAUCACGUAUCGUGAGCUUACUGCAUGGAUCAUGAACCCGAAGUUCAGUACUGUCAGCAAGGAGUAUGCCCAGCGUUGGGACCUAGCCAUUGAGGCUUUGAUUGAUCACAACCGUCACAGGAGCGACUUCCAUUGGGCUGCGUUCCGCUUUCGUGUCAUUGCUCUGACGCGCUGUGCGAACCGAAAGGCCGGCUACGCUUGCUGCUUCUGGCUCAUUAUCAUGGGCAUCUUCGCCAAGUUUGCGGCGGCCCUUGUUGCCAUUCCCUCAGCAGUUCUCGGUGGAAUGACAACCUUCCUCUUCAGCGCCGUCGCUGUUAGCGGUAUCAGAAUCAUCAGCACGAUGUCUUUCACUCGCCGCAACCGAUUUAUCCUCACUGCAGGAUUCACCCUGGGCUUUGGCGCUACCAUGGUCCCAGACUGGUUUGAUCACGUCUUCACUUACGAUGGACCGAACCACGCACUUCAGGGCUUCUACAACGCUAUCAUCCUAAUCCUCGAGACAGGUUUCGCUGUUGUUGCUUUCAUCAACGUUGUACUUAACCUUGUCCUACCAGAGGAGAUUGAGGACGAAGAGACACCGGAGUUGACUGCGAAUGAAGUCGACGAGCCAGCGGACAAGGAAGAGUGGGCCAGGGUCAAGAAGGGAGACACUGAUGUUGAGGGACGACCAAGUUCGGAUAUUGAGCCUAGCAAGGCCGCGUGA